GACGGAACUCUUAUUUCAACAGCAGCAACAGUUAGUCAGACACCUCCAUAUCUUGCUAGACAACAGAGACGUACCAAUAAAGAUCUUUAGACGGGUUUGUAGAGCCAGUGUAUUUUAAACCCUUUACUGUCGUCUAGUUAGUUAUCCGAUUUAAUUUCAUAUUUACGGUGUUGUUAUUAGUCAGCUAGCUGGCUGGUUAAGUUAGCAUUAGCCUAGCUAACAUCCGCGACCAUGAGUUCACUGAGCUACUCUCCUCCAGCUGAAGAAGAGGCGGUCUGCUGGACGGAGAAAGAAACUCUGGGGCUGAACAUUGUCGUCAAAGAGGAGAAGGAAGAGGAGGAUGUUACAAUACAAAAACAAGUAGAGGGUGGGGCAGUUACAGUGAAAGAAGAAGAGAAAGACGUUUCAGUGAAAGACGAGGAAGACCUGAUCAGAGUGAAAGAGGAGGAGGAUGUUACAGUAAAAGAAGAGGAGGAUGCAGUUUUUGGAGUGAAAGAGGAGGAGGGGGAGAUGACUGUCACAUCGAAAAAGGAGGAUGAAACUGGAUAUCUGGGCCCGGUUUCCCAAAGUCAUCUUAAGGCAUCCAAUGGUUCAAAUGAUGAACUUAGCCGUAAGAUGGUUUUGAGAAACCAUUCCCUGAUUAACACUCGAGAGAGACAUGACUAUUGUGGAUCCUCUGGGGAGCCUCAACAACACCAUGAAGCUGACGAGGCAGAGAAGAGUCUCUCCACAUCAGAACACCUCAAGAAACACCAGCUGAGACCCACAGGGAAGAAAUCUCACCACUGCUCUGACUUUAGAAAGAGUUACUCAAGAUCAUAUUCACUAAAAGUACACCAGAGAAUUCACACAGGAGAGAGAACAUAUCGCUGUAAUCAAUGUGGAAAGAGGUUUGCUCACUUAAAAACACUGGUAUUACACCUGAGAAUACACACUGGGGAGAAAUGUCACAGCUGCUCUGAUUGUGGGAAGAGAUGCACCUCUUUAGUAACCCUUAAAAUACAUCAAAGAAUCCAUACAGGAGAGAAACCUUUUUGCUGCUCUGACUGUGGGAAGAGUUUUUCUUGGUCAGGACAUUUAAAAUCACACCAGAGAAUACACACGGGAGAAAAACCUUAUAGCUGUGACCAAUGUGGGAAGAGUUUUACUCAGUCAAACAACCUGAUAUCACACCAGAGAACACACACAGGCGAGAAGCCUUACCACUGCUCUGACUGCGGUAAGAGUUUCUCAAGAAUAGAUACACUAAAAGUACACCAGAGAAUCCAUACAGGAGAGAAACGCUAUUGCUGCUCUGACUGUGGGAGGAGAUUUUUUUGGUCAGGACAUUUAAAAUCACACCAGCGAAGACACACUGGAGAGAAGCCUUAUAGCUGUGAUCAAUGUGGGAAGACUUUUACUCAGUCGAGCAACCUGAUAGCACACCGGAGAACACACACAAGAGAGAAAUAUCACAGCUGCUCUGAUUGUGGGAAGAGAUGUACCUCUUUAGUAACCCUCAAAAUACAUGAGAGAAUCCAUACAGGAGCGAAAUGUUAUAGCUGUGACCAAUGUGGGAAGAGUUUUACUCAGUCAAACAACCUGAUAUCACACCAGAGAACACAUACAGGGGAGAAGCCGUACCACUGUUCUGACUGCGGGAAGAGUUUCUCCAGAUCAGAUUCUCUAAAAAGACACCGGAGAACACACACAGGCGAGAAAUCUCAUAGCUGUGAACAAUGUGACAAGAGAUACUCUGAUAAAAGAUCUCUGAUUAAACAUCAGAAAAUUCAUACAUGAAGGAGUUGUUCCAUGAUAUCAAUGAAAUGAUGUCACAAUGUAAAUCAAAUCAAAUUACAGGAUUACAGUAGAUUGUUUUAACAGUGUAGUAGGAGUAUUCUAAUGAUGUCAUAAUGUAGAUAUGACAUACAUGAUAUCAAUGAAAUAAUAAUGAGUAUUUUAAUGAUGUUCUAUUGAUUUCAGUGGAACAUGGAUAUUAUAUAGCCUGAUAGCCUCAUCAGGGGAAAAAACCAGGUUCUGAAUUGAAAGAUUACUAUUUAACAAAAAUAGUGUUGCGUUUACACUUACCUUAUUGGUGAUCCACUUGAAUAAAAAUGCAACACAUCAAAAUGUAGUUGUUUGCUACUAAUUUUUGUGUAUCCGGUGAUGUACACAUUAUUCCCAGAUUCCUUGUGGUUUUUGAUCUGUUAGUUUUAACAGGACGUCACCCCCCCCCCCCCCUUCGCGCAAUUUAUUUCCAUGUCGAUAUGAGUGAUGACAAAUAAGUGUUGCAUUUCUCUUCGUUUUGGGGACUCCUACAUUUAAAUGCAUCACUGUAUGUAGAUGACUGUCUUCUGCUAAUUGUCUUUUUUUCCACUACUGAAGAAGCAUGACUCAAAUCACCUCAUAUUUCAAACAUUCAGCCUGACAAAAUAUACAUGUUUUAUUAUUCCAUGCCUCGCCAUUAAGUGAAGUUUUGCCAAUACAUAUUAACAAAGGGGUGUAUAAUUGGUUUUGAUAUUGAAUAUUUCAUAACAUUUUCAAUUCAUGUAAUGUUUGCAACCAACUUACAGUUUGUAUAAAUGUUUAUAAAACAAUGUAGUAAAACUAGCUUAUAUUGCUGGUUGGGUAUUACAUCCUGUUCUUACUAUUUUAAUGUAUUUUCCUUAGAAUACUCAUUAGUCUUUCAGUUUUUAUUGUUAUUCUUUAAUUUUUAAUCCUCAUAUUAGUUUUUAUUUUCAUUGUUUUCCAUUAGUUAUUUACUGUGAAACCAUGUCUGAAAUGUUCUAUAUAAAUAAAGCUUGAUUUGAUUAGAACAUAUUGCAAAAGAAAUAAACUCAAUGACCGACCAAUCAAAACAAAUUAACAAAUAUGUGUAAGAGCGACACAUAUCAUAGAGCGUUGGGCCAGUAACCGAAAGUUUGGAUCGAGCAGGUAGCCUAGUGGUUAGAGCGUUGGGCCAGUAACCGAACGGUUGGAUCGAGCAGGUAGCCUAGUGGUUAGAGCGUUGGGCCAGUAACCGAACGGUUGGAUCGAGCAGGUAGCCUAGUGGUUAGAGCGUUGGGCCAGUAACCGAACGGUUGGAUCGAGCAGGUAGCCUAGUGGUUAGAGCGUUGGGCCAGUAACCGAACGGUUGGAUCGAGCAGGUUGCCUAGUGGUUAGAGCGUUGGGCCAGUAACCGAACGGUUGGAUCGAGCAGGUAGCCUAGUGGUUAGAGCGUUGGGCCAGUAACCGAACGGUUGGAUCGAGCAGGUAGCCUAGUGGUUAGAGCGUUGGGCCAGUAACCGAACGGUUGGAUCGAGCAGGUAGCCUAGUGGUUAGAGCGUUGGGCCAGUAACCGAACGGUUGGAUCGAGCAGGUAGCCUAGUGGUUAGAGCGUUGGGCCAGUAACCGAACGGUUGGAUCGAGCAGCUAGCCUAGUGGUUAGAGCGUUGGGCCAGUAACCAAACGGUUGGAUCGAGCAGGUAGCCUAGUGGUUAGAGCGUUGGGCCAGUAACCGAACGGUUGGAUCGAGCAGGUAGCCUAGUGGUUAGCGCGUUGGGCCAGUAACCGAACGGUUGGAUCGAGCAGGUAGCCUAGUGGUUAGAGCGUUGGGCCAGUAACCGAACGGUUGGUUCAAAUCCCAGACAAGAUAAAAAUCUGUUCCCAGGUUCAUAGGCCGUCAUUGUAAAUAAGAAUUUCUUCUCAACUGAAAUGCCUAGUUAAAUAAAGGUUAAAUUAUUGUGUAUUAAUUAAAUUAUUGUGUAAAAAUAGUACAUUGUAAGUUUGUCACUUUUCAACCAAUCCAGUACAUUUUUUGUUGAAAAUGUUGAGAUUGUUGUCUAAUAUCGAAAUCCCCAUCGACCGGAUGAGUCACCAUUUAGUUUGGAAAUUAUCCAACCAUUAUGUAGGUUGGUGGGAAAGAUCCAACCAUUAUGGAGGUGGUAGAAAUUAUCCAACCAUUGUUUAGGUUGGUGGAAAUGAUCCAACGAUUAUAUAGGUUUGUGGAAAUGAUCCAACCAUUAUGUAGGUUGGUAGAAAUGAUCCAACCAUUAUGUAGGUUAGUGGAAAUGAUCCAACAAUUAUGUAGGUUGGUAGAAAUGAUCCAACCAUUAUGUAGGUUGGUGGAAAUGAUCCAACCAUUAUGUAGGUUAGUGGAAAUGAUCCAACCAUUAUGUAGGUUGGUGGAAAGAUGGUGGGAAAGAUCCAACCAUUAUGUAGGUUGUUAGAAAUGAUCAAAUUAUAAGGUUUAAAUACUGUUCCACGUUUCUUUUCUAGUAUCUGCCUCUUAUAAGAAACGGUCUGAGAGAUCCAGUCAAAACAGGGUGUCUGAGAAAGCGCCUCAAGACUAAAAGAGAUUCAAAGACACAGAACCCUACUGGGGAGUGAAAGAGAUAAGAGACUAGUGAGACAUACCACUGUAAGCCACACGGGAAUGGAAAAUUACUGCUGAGUCCUUAGAAAACACAGGAACUAUUGUUCUAUCCUGCACGUUUGUAUAACUGUAUAUGCAUGGGCUUGGUCUCAUGAGUAGAAGGUGUUGAUGUAGGCAGUUACAUCACUUGGGGUUGACUGCAAGCAUAUUAAAAACAACUUGAACCGUUUUUAUUUUGCAGAACUUACUCUGAAACAAAUGUGCUAUGUUUCCGUUGUCAACUUCUGUCUGCAUUUGCAUUAAUAAAGGUUUGAUUCAUUUUACUUAAAGAA